AUGCUACGGUUUGCGGUGGAAGGCGGAAACAAAAGAGGGAAAAUGAAUCAAAGAAUGAUAAGUCGAUGGUUUUGUUCAAGAAGUGUGUCACCAAAUACUCGUUUUGGAUUGCCUACUGGUGAAGAAAAGUUGCGGCCGAAGUCAGCAGGAUUCACUGGAAAUAAUGAUCUCAUAUCAGACAAUUUACGUUGGGAGCCAAAUUUAUGUUUAAAGCGCGAUAUUCCGAGUAGUGUACGGUCGCUAACUUUUUAUGUCAAAUUUGAAGAUGCGAAGUUGAUAGAAGCAGUUCUGGCAUUGAUUGGUGAUGGUAAAGGGUUUGCUUUUGUGGCAUUCAAGGAGAGUGAAGCCGUACCACUUGUACUACAGCUUGAUGGAUCCAUUUUCAAAAAGCGUUCGUUACGUGUCAAAAGGGUGCAGAAGAAAAACAAGGUAGAUAAGGAGCCAAACUUAUCAACAUUCACAGAGAAUUAUUACGAAACAACGCAUUCGUCACAUGCAGUUUGA